AUGGCAUCCAAGGACUCGGACAUGGAUCCAAAGGUUGAGUACGACGAGAGCCACCAGGAGGUUGAAGCAGAACGUCAACGGCACCUCACAAAAACUCUGCUGUUCAAAGUCGACACUAGGGUCCUACCCCUUCUGGCUCUGCUGUUCCUCUGUUCCUUUCUCGACCGAACCAACGUCGGCAACGCAAAGAUUAUUGGCCUAGCCGAGGACCUUGGCAUAAGCAAUAACCAAUACAAUCAAGGUUUGGCCGUCUUUUAUGUGACCGAACUGCCAAGCAACCUCGUCUUGAAGAAGGUUUCACCGCGGAUAUGGCUGCCCUUCCUUACCUGUGCUUGGGGCAUUGUGACAAUGUGCCUCGGCUUCGUCCGCAGCUACGGAAGCUUCGUCGCGGUCCGAGCGAUUCUGGGCAUGACUGAGGGCGGACUGCUUCCCGGCAUGGUGUUGUAUCUCUCUGGCUUGUACACCCGCGGAGAGCUUGCACUGCGUAUCGGUAUCUUCUAUACGGCUGCAUCUCUCUCAGGUGCAUUUGGAGGCCUACUCGCGAGAGGCUUGUCCGCGAUUGGUCCUGCGGCUGGCCUCGAGGGCUGGAGGUGGAUUUUCAUCAUUGAAGGCAUCAUUACAGUCGUCUGCGGAAUCAUUGCUGCUAUUGGAUUGCCAAACAACUUGGCAACGGCCAAGAUCCUGACGGAUGAAGAGCGGGAAUGGGCGCUACUCAGGCUUCAAGGUCAUUCUGGAGACCGGUUCGACUCCUCGCGCGAAAGGGAGGAGAAGUUUCGCUGGUCCGAAGUUGGUCGCGGGGUGUUCAACCUUCAGAUCUGGCUCAGCGCAACUGCAUACUUUGCCAUUCUAUCUGGCUUGUACUCUUUUGGUCUAUUCCUCCCGACAAUCAUCAACGACAUGCACAUCGCUUCUAACUCGAACCAAGUCCAACUCUGGUCAGUGAUCCCAUACGCGGUCGCAACACCAGUCACAGUCUUCGUGGCCUUCUUAUCUGAUCGCCUCCGUCUGCGUGGCACACUCAUGCUCUUUGUUCUGCCCAUUUCCAUCGCCGGCUACGCGGCCAUCGCCAACGUCACGGCACCACAAACGAGAUUCGCCAUGACGUGCUUGAUGGCUAUUGGCAUGUACAGCGCUGUUCCGUGCGUUCUGGUAUGGAACUCCAACAACUCGGCCGGCCACUACAAGCGCGCGACGACGUCCGCGCUGCAGCUUGCCAUUGCCAACUGCGGUGGUCUGGUUGCAACUUUCAUCUAUCCCAGCACCGACGGCCCGCUAUAUCACAAGGGUCACACAGUUAUCCUGGGGUUGCUGUGCUACGCAUGGGUGGCAACUCUUGUCAACGUUCUCUGGUGCGCCAAGAUCAACCGUGAUAAGGCUGCCGGAAAGUAUGACCAGUUCAUUGGUACAGGUGAUGACCGUGAACCGCACUUCAAGAUGGUGCUGUGA